AUGUCUGAUGGUUUUCCUUCUGUUCUGUCUUCCCAGGAAUCCUGUGGUUGCUUUCCUUCAGAUACCUCUGUCACUAGAGAGCAGAUGAACCGCUAUCGAGCUGCAGCGGACACUGCUCAGAGUGAGCUUGCAGCGCUUUUGGUGAAGUAUGAUUAUGCCCAGUCAGAGCUUCUUGAACUCAGGUCCAAAAUGGUCUCUCAGGAAGCCUCUUUUGAAGAGCUGAAAGCCGAAGCCGAGAGCUACAAGGAAAGCAAUGCGAGGCAGGCUUCUCUCCUCCUGUCCUUGCAAACCCGAGCGCAGGAGAUGGAGGAAGAAUUAAGUGUGCUGGCCACUUCUAAAAAGCAAACUGAGCUGAGAGCUCAGGAGGCAUUCAAGCAGAACUGGGAGCUGAAGGAAGAACUUCAUGAGCAAAGUGCCAAACUUGAUAAAUGUUUGAAUGAGUGUGAAGAGAGCAAGACUCAAGCUUUGAAGAUCAGCAGAAAACAUGAGGAGCUGCUUGUACAACUUUCUGGAUUCUUGGACACAGACAUUGAAGAAAAAGAGGAACCACAGGAACAGUUACUUUUAAAGGCCUGUGAAGUAUAUAAAGAAAAUAUGACACUAAAAAGCCAGGUUGCUGCUCAUCAAGAAGCCAUCAAUGCCCAUGAGAUUGAAUCCAAAGCUAACAGAGAAACUAUCAUGAGGCUUGUUUCAGAAAUGACCAAAGAGCAAAAAAAGGCAGCAGGAUACUAUCAAGACAUGGAAGAACUUAGAAAGGAUCUUGACAGUGCUAAAACAGCAAGACAAACUUUGGAGACUGAGAUCAGCAGCCUCCAAGACAAACUGGCUGCUAGCCAGAAAGCUUGGGAAGCCUCACGAGAAGAGCUGCACAAUCUGAAGAGAUCUUCCAGCGAGCUAGAUGGAAGCUUGAGGAACAGCCGAGAAGAGGCCAGGACUGCGCAGAACUCGUUGGUUUCUUUGAAAGAGCAAAUUGCUGCCCUGCUCAGCAGUAGGUCUGCAAUAGUUAAACCUUGUGAGAAGGCCAUUUUGGAGAGGAUCCAAGAAAUAAACUGCAGGGAGAAGAGUAAAGAAUUAAUGGUAUCUCAGCUUGAAACUCAAAUAGCUAAAUUGACUGAGGGUUUGGAAAAUCAGACUGCAUUGUACCAGGAAGCUCUGGAGAGGAGUAGGAAAGCUGAGAAACUAUCUGAGACUCUCCAGGAUAAACUGAAACAUUUGGAAGAGGAAUUGCUGUCUGGACAUAUGAUGCAAGAUGCUUUGAAGCUUGAGAAACAAAAAGUAGUUGCACGGUUUAUUUACUUCUCUAUAAAAGUUGGUAAAACCAGAGACAGUUAAUUGUAUUGCAUUGAUCAGCUUGAGUAUUACAGUACUGCAAGUAAUGUGGAUUAGCAAA